AUGCCUCUCAUAUGGCAAACCGCGCUCCUCCUCCUACCCACAUUGACCUCUGCCAUAACCUUCGACUGCAAGCAUAUCCGCGAUGAUGGCGCAUCUUGGAACCUCGAGAAGCUCGGCGGCCCCAAGACAGUCCAUCGGAUCCGGUGGGAACGGCCCUCGAUCGAGAACACCACCUUCACAUUGGACAUCUGCGGCAAGCUACCCAAGGACGAGAAACUCGGAAAGGGCGAAAAUUGCCUCACGGGCACGCAGGUGUGCGCAAGAGAGUGGGAUUACCCCAGCUCUGGCAAGGGGUUUGUGAAGAAAGUUAUUGAGAUCGCGGGAGAGUACAAGACGAGCCACGGCCGGAGUAUGGAUCCGAAGAUCACGAGACUGAAGGGCGCGGCGGGGAAUAGCGAGAACAAGGAGGGUGUGCUGGUAGAGUUGCAUGGAGGCAAAUACCCCAAUGAGCGGAGUGGGACGCCGCAGAAGGCCAUCAUCGAGUUCAUCUGCGACAAGAGCGUUACCGGGAAUGAAGGCUUCGAGAAGGAAGAGGGCAUGAGCCUAGCAGAUCCAGGAGCAUAUGGUGUGAUGACAAAGAGGAAAGACGAUGACGACGAUGAUGGGCCUGACCUCCCCAACCCCGACGAGUACAAGAACCUCAAAUUCCUCUCCUACAAACCCGAAGGCGACAUGGAAGUCCUUCGCCUGCGCUGGAAGACCAAGUACGCCUGCGAGAGCGCCAAAGACAACCCUGACCCUGACGACGACGAUUCGAAGAAGAGCAGCGGCUGGGGCUUCUUCACUUGGUUCCUGAUCGUGCUGUUCAUGCUCGUGGCGGCGUAUAUCAUCUUCGGGAGCUGGCUGAACUACAAUCGGUAUGGCGCGAGAGGAUGGGAUUUGAUUCCGCAUGGAGAUACGAUUAGGGAUAUCCCGUAUAUUGUCAAGGACUGGGGAAGCAACAUGGCGGAUAGGAUGAAGGGAGGGGACUCAAGGGUUUCCAGCUUGACAAAAGUGUCUGUGUACUUGGAUAGAUACGCCACCAAGCGCAGCGAUUGCAGCGUUUUCCUUCGACUCUCAUGUGCCCUUUCUUUCUACUUACUACAGCUUCAUCUCCUCCGCACCGGCAGUCUCGAGCCAGACCUGCUGCUCGCACCGGACCCGGACGAGGAUGACGAAGGCGACAACGAGCGCGGCGGACUCAAGUCGGCCUUUUCUCCUCGCGGUGGCGGAGGCAGUGGUCCAAAGACCGGCUUGCUCUUCGUCGCCACCUCUUCAACCUCCCCGGCCUCCAUCUUCCGGCGCACUGCCUCCUCUGCCAACUCCUCGUACUCCGGAUCGACAUAG